CGGAAGCCGGAAGUGCGGCCGUGAGGACGUGUUCCGAGGAAGGCCGAGUCGGGGCCCGGCGCGGCCCGGCGCCAUGGAGCCGCUGUACCAACAGACGCACAAGCAGGUCCACGAGAUCCAGUCUCAUAUGGGACGCCUGGAGACAGCAGACAAGCAGUCUGUGCACUUAGUAGAAAAUGAAAUCCAAGCAAGCAUAGACCAGAUAUUCAGCCGUCUAGAACGCCUGGAGAUUUUAUCAAGCAAGGAACCCCCCAAUAAAAGGCAGAAUGCCAAACUUCGUGUCGACCAGUUGAAGUAUGAUGUGCAGCACCUGCAGACUGCUCUCCGGAACUUUCAGCACCGGCGUUAUGCUAGGGAGCAGCAGGAGAGACAGCGAGAGGAGCUUCUGUCCCGUACAUUCACCACUAACGACUCUGACACCACCAUACCCAUGGAUGAAUCACUGCAGUUUAACUCCUCCCUCCAGAGCAUUCACCACGGCAUGGAUGACCUCAUUGGAGGCGGGCACAGUAUUCUGGAGGGACUGAGGGCCCAGAGACUGACCUUGAAGGGGACUCAGAAGAAGAUCCUUGACAUUGCCAACAUGCUGGGCUUGUCCAACACGGUGAUGCGGCUCAUUGAGAAGCGGGCCUUCCAGGACAAGUUCUUUAUGAUCGGCGGGAUGCUCCUCACCUGUGCAGUCAUGUACCUCGUGGUGCAGUACCUGACGUGAACCGCCACCCCAGAGCCGGACCGCUCUCCCACCAUGUGCGAGUGUGUGUAUGCGUGCGAGUGAGCAAGCAAGCGAGUAAGGAGGCGGGGAGGCUGCCUUUCAAAUGUAUGCCUGCCUUCACUGUGAAGACACCCCGCCCAGACUAACCACGGUCUAGUUUCAAACCUGCUCUGCUUUCUGUGACAUCUUGGGAGGGGGAGCUGAUGCCGCCAAGAUGCCAUGGUGCUUAGGAAGUGGAGGACAUCCCUGUCUUCUUGCCCUCACUCUCACUGGGAGAGGGAAGGAAUGGCCCUGGUGGUUUUGUCUACACAGCUGGUGCGCACCCUGAAAAGUUUACGUGGUGAGCCUUGCACGUAGGCCUGCCCACACCUUGUCACCCAGUCUUUGUGGCUCCUGAUGGGUGGGUUGGAGCACAAGUGGAAAGAGGGGGAAGAGGCCAUCUUUUCUUGCACCUUCUUAAGUAUAUUAGUUUUUACACACUUGCUCCUUGCCAACACCCUACCAAAAAAAAAAAGACAUUUAGAUGACUAACUGCUGACACCCGUCAUCCUUCCCCGGAAACAGUUUCCUCAGGAAGGCAAAGAUGUUGAACUAUUACUGAUAAUGUAAGCUUUUCCAUUCUGUGGUUGCUGGGUGUUUGUCCUUCCUGUAAUGAGGCCAGUGGUGUUCCUGGGAGGGUUCAGUCUGAAGACUGCGGGCCCAAGUCAUUUUUCUUUCCAGUCACUAAUAUAGUGGUUGGCUCUUAUAGUUCAGAGACUUCAGCUUAGCACCUCCACCCAAGUCUCCUUAGGCCUUUGCCUCUUAGAAAGUAGUGAUGAACAAAGGCUAGUGACUUGUCAGUUACAGUCUCUUCUCUACUUCUGCCAUCUCGAAUGCUUCGACUUUUUCUUGAAAUAUCUCAGCAACUGCCAGCUAAGCCUUCCCUGCAUUCUGCCCAUAGUAGGCUGCCCUGGAGAUGUCCCUGGUCAGUAUGUGUUUGUGAGACAAUUUCAAGGACCAUGUCCUUUUUUCCUUCUUUGUCCAGACUUAAUUAGGACUGUAUCAGUACCUGGUGUACUGUAGAAUUUGUUAGAUCAUUAAUCUGUCUUGAAGCUCAUCUAAUGUGAUUAAUCUCUGAGAGUACCAGAAAGACCUGGCAAGCAUAUUUGUUCGUUGGUUACAGGCCACACCUGCCUUGUCAACUCAGCAUAGUAGCCUCAUGGCAGGACAAAAGGACACUCAAAAUUUCCCAGAGCUGGGAACUUGGUCAGUAUUAACCCCACCUUUUUCUUACCCCACCUACUUCCUUCCUUUUAUGCUUAACUCUCCUGUCCUAUUUCCUCUUCACUGUAUGUGUCCCAUCCCAGCUCCCUUACUCCCAUUGAUACAGCAGAAUGGGUCUGUUGUGUAAAACUGUGGCAUAGGUGAACCUACUCAACUGUCAAGAUUUUUAACAUGAGUUUCAUAGCUAAUAAUUUCAUACUUCUGGUCAGAUAUGGUAUCCGAUGGUCCUACCUACCCCUCUAACCAAAGGAGCCCAAGAUAGUCAGAAAGGAAGAUUCUGUGACCCUCUUCUAGGAGGGAUUGUUAAACCUGCAGAGUUAAAACUGGCCCCUGGCAGGGACAGAGCUGUGGCAUCUUCACACCUAUAUCUGACUUUGGGAAGGCAGUGUAAAAUUUUCAUCACACUGAGCACAGAGCUCUUGACUGGCUAUAAAAUGAAAUUUUAGACUGCACAGACCUGGCUAUUCUGUCUCCUGGGCUCCUGAGGAUCGUACUAAAGAGCAUGCUUUGGAGGAGGGUAUGUAAGCCACAGCUGAGCCACUUGACUUGAGCCAUGAGUGGCAGGAACUCCCGUCCCCAUGCCUUUUGUAGUGGAUCAUGGCGUUUCCACACUUGCCUUAUAGCCUUAUGAACUUGAUGCUGUACCUUUAGAAACAGGUCUCCCUGCUCUGGUAUAGAACUUGUGGUAGGCUGGAGAUCUCUACUGUUUGAGGCUAGGGAACAGCAACAUGGACCCCUGGGUGAGGAGGGCACACUGAGUUGGUUGUCAUAUAACUGCCAACUUUCACAUUCCCAUGUGUCCAGUGAGAACGCUUUGAUAUGAUUGGGUGAAUGCAGCUGUCUCCACAGCAGAGAGAAGGGGCCCAUGCCAAGGAGGGAGCGCCCUCUGGCGGAGUAAGGGUGAAUUCUUCAUGGAGCUGGCUAGACGCUCCAGCUCGUGGUCUCUGCCCUUCGGGUGCAGCAGUUAGGUGUACCUGAUACAGUUUGAAACAAGUGAGGUACCAGGAAGAAUUUUGAGCUUAGGCUGUAUUAAUUGGAUGAGUAUUCCUGGCAUAGCCACUUAAGAAAAGCUAAGUACAAGGGACCAAAUAAAACAAGAGUCUUGGUUUUAUAGUAAGAUUUUGUUGCUGGAUUUUCCCCUAAAAUCAGCUUGCCUUGUUGAAUUUGAGUGGGUUUGAUUUGCAGAUUUGGAUUUACGCUCCUUGUUUUCAAAACAUGUCAGCAGAAUAAAAUUGAGAUCUAUUUUACUUAGGAAA